CUCGGGGAAAUAAUCAAUAAUAAUAAUGAUCUGUAGCUCGGGUAAAUAAUCAAUAAUAAGCAUGAUCUGUAGCUUGGGUAAAUAAUCAAUAACUAUGAUCUGUAGCUUUGGGGAAAUAAUCAAUCAUGAUCUGUAGCUCGGGCAAAUAAUCAAUAAUUAUGAUCUGUAGCUCAAGUAAAUAAUCAAUAAUAAUCUUGAUCUGUAGCUCGGGGAAAUAAUCAAUUAUUCUAAACUCCAUACCAUACUCACCAGUCCCACAUGAUGUAACUGAAGUGUAUGUCUACAUCACAGAUGGCUUGAAAUAUAAGACAUAAACUAUUACUUUUGGUAUGUAGGUCAUAUAUGCCCUAAAAAUGAAAGACUUGUCUUACAGUCCUUUUUAAUCAUCAUUUUUGAUGUUAGAGUGUUAUUGUGUAGCUGAUGCCCUGAAGAUAAUGCGAUUAAGGGGUUUAGGACAAGCGAAAGCAGCUUAUCCUGUUGUUGUUGUUAUCCAAAACCGGGGGGGGGGGGGGGGCAGUCUCAUCUAACAAAGGGACAGCUUCCUCCCAUGAAUGGAACAAAAAUCAAACUAGAAAAGCCGUAAAAGAUCAGUUUUAUUCAGCAUUCAGGGGAGGAUGGCGAGGACCGCGUUGCUGCUGGCCGUCCCGGCGAUGCUCUGCCUCUGGUCCGCCGGAGGCUCCUUCCAGCCCGCCCUGGUGUUGGAUAUGGCCAAGGUCCUGCUGGACAACUACUGCUUCCCCGAGAACCUGCUCGGCAUGCAGGAGGCCAUCCAGCAGGCCAUCAACAGCGGAGAGAUCCUGCGCAUAACCGACCGCAAAACACUCGCCGGCGUGCUGUCCGCUGGAGUGCAGGGCGCCCUCAACGACCCCAGGCUCGCGGUGACCUUUGAACCCAGCUACGUUCCCGUGACGACACCGGCGCUGAGCCUGAUGUCCCGGGAGCAGCUGGUGCACCUGGUCAGGAGCUCCACUAAACUGGAGGUGUUCGACAACGGCGUGGGCUACCUGAGGAUCGACCGCAUCAUCGGCAGGGAAACGGCGGCCAAACUGGGGCAGUUCCUCCAGGACAACGUCUGGAACAAAGUGGCCCGCACCAAGGCCCUGAUCUUUGACCUGCGCUACAGCAUAGGAGGCGAGCUGUCAGGGAUGCCCUACGUCAUCUCCUUCUUCUCAGACCCCGGGCCUCCGACACUCAUCGAGACGAUUUACGACCGCCCCUCGAACACCACCAGGAAGCUGUGGACGUUGCCACGGAUCCCGGGGCUGAGGUACGGCAAGCGCAAGGACCUGAUCGUCCUGACCAGCAAGCGCACCAACGGGGCUGCGGAGGCGGUGGCGUCCGCGCUGAAGAACCGGAACCGGGCGAUCGUGAUCGGGGAGAGAACCUCCGGGGGAUCUGUGAAAGUCGACAAGAUACGGAUCGAUCGCUCGGGGUUCUACAUCACCGUGCCCACGGCCAGGUCCUCCAAUCCGGUGACGGGGCAGAGUUGGGAGGUGAACGGCGUCUCGCCCUCGGUCUCCGUCAGGCCGAAGGAAGCCGUCACCAAGGCGAAGGCCCUCCUCGCCGCCCGAGAGGGGAUACCGAAGGCAGUCCGGAGUGUCUCGAACCUCAUCAAGCGAUACUACGCAUCCAAGGACAAAGUCAAAGUCCUGCUCAACCACCUGGAGACCACCGACUUCUUCGCGGUCAUCUCGGAGGAGGACCUAGCAGCUAAGCUGAACUACGAGCUUCAGUCUGUGUGUGAGGACCCCCGACUGAUCAUCAAAACAACCAAAGCCGCCCCAGUGGCUGCAGAGGACCCCGAGGCACCGGACGACUCCAACCUGAACACGCUGGUGGACGAGGUUUUCAAAGUGCAAAUCCGGCCUAGUAAGACUGCAUAUCUACAAUUCGACAGAUUCCUCGAUGCUGCCACCCUCUCCAAACUCGAGGACCAGAUGGUACAGAAAGUCUGGGAGCCAAUCAGAGACACUGAUAAUCUAGUGAUCGACCUCCGCUCCAACUCAGGUGGCCCCUCUGAGGGCCUGUCAAUCAUCCUGUCCUACCUGCACGACCGUGCCCCACCCCUUCAUUUCUUCACCAUCUACGACUCCAUCCAGAACACCACGACCGAGUACCGCACUUCACCCGCCAUCCGGGGGCCGACCUACGGGUCCAAGCGGAACAUCUACGUGCUGGUAGGGUGCCAGACGGCCGCGGCGGGAGAGGAGUUUGCCUACCUGAUGCAGUCCCUCCGGCGCGGCACGGUCAUCGGGGAGAUCACGUCCGGCAACCUGCUGCACUCACGCUCCUUCCUGGCUGAGGGCACCGGCAUCGUCGCCACGGUGCCCGUCGUAAACUUCGUCGACAACAACGGAGAGUGCUGGCUGGGCGGUGGGGUGGUCCCCGACGCCAUUGUCCUGGCGGACGAGGCAGAGGAGAUGGCGGACGAGAUCAUCCGGUUCCACGGGGAGACCCACGGGCUGGUGGAGGGCGCGGGACAGAUCCUGGAGGACCACUACGCCCUUCCCGAGGUGGCGGGCAAGGUCAGCAGCGACCUCCGGGCCAAGUGGCAGGAUGGGUCCUACCGCUCGGUGGUGGACUACGAGUCCCUGGCGUCGCAGCUGACCUCCGACCUGCAGGAGGCCUCGGGGGACCACCGGCUGCACGUGUUCUACUGUGACGUGGAGCCCGAGGCCAUGAUGCAGGAGUACCCCAAAAUCCCUUCCAACGAUGAAGCUGGGUACAUCAUCGACGCUCUCUGCAAAAUCGACCUGCUGCCAGGUAACGUUGGCUACCUGCGGGUGGACAUGAUGCCAGACGUGGAGGUGCUGAAGGUCAUCGGGCCUCAGCUGAUCCAACAGGUGUGGAGUAAGCUGGUGAACACGAGGGCGCUGGUCCUGGACAUGCGCUACAACACUGGCGGCCACUCCUCAGCCAUCCCUCUGCUCUGCACGUACCUGUUCGCCCCCGAGCCACUUAGGCACCUCUACACGGUCUUUGACCGAUCCUCCUCCUCCAUGUCAAAGGUCAUGACCUUGCCCCAGGUGGUGGGCCAGAGGUACGGCUCGGAGAAAGACGUCUACGUCCUCACCAGCCACAUGACGGGGUCAGCCGCGGAGGUGUUCACGCGCACGCUGAGCGACCUGCACAGGGCGACGGUGGUCGGCGAGCCCACCAUCGGGGGGUCGCUGUCGAGCGGCAUGUACCAGAUCGGGAGCAGCAUCCUCUACGCCUCCGUCCCCAACCAGGUGGUGCUGAGCGCCGUCAGCGGGAAGCUGUGGAGCGUGUCGGGCCUGGAGCCGGACGCUGCCACGCAGGCCUCGGAUGCGCUCAACGUCGCCAAGAGAAUCAUCGCGGCAAAGCAACUCAAACAGGAUUCCAAGAGCUAAGAGUCCAGCGCUGACCGCUGACCCUGCCGUAGUCUGACCCCUGCCCUAGUCUGACCCCUUCCCUAGUCUGACCCCUGCCCUAGUGUGUGUUGAACUCUGACCCCUGCCCUAGUGUGUGUUGAACUCUGACCCCUGCCCUACUGUGUGUUGAACUCUGACCCCUGCCCUAGUCUGACCUCUGCCCCCUGCCCUAGUGUGUGUUGAACUCUGACCCCUGCCCUAGUGUGUGUUGAACUCUGACCCCUGCCCUAGUGUGUGUUGAACUCUGACCCCUGCCCUAGUGUGACCCCUGCCCUAGUCUGACCCCUGACCUAGUGUGUGUUGAACUCUGACCUCUGCCCUAGUGUGUGUUGAACUCUGACCCCUGCCGUAGUCUGACCCCUGCCCUAGUGUGUGUUGACCUCUGAACCCUGCCGUAGUCUGACCUCUGACCCCUGCCCUAGUGUGUGUUGUUCGUGAUUGUUAAUUCUGUUUUAAAGGUAGGAAGUAUUGCAACAUGGGUUGCCAGGACACAAAGAGUUAAGCAGCUUUAUUCCUUAUGAUUAAAGUGGAGAUGUGUGUGUGUGUGUGUGUGUGUGUGUGUGUGUGUGUGUGUGUGGUUAUGUGUGAGGUCAAAUUCAGGACAAUUUCUAAGACCAAAAUCUUGGACUAAAAGGGACAGCUCUAAGUUCCAAUGUGGCAGGAUCUCACUAAGUAUUUGUGUUUAGUGAUUCAGAUGAGAUUUGAAAUCAUGAGAAAACAAUGUAAAGCACCUUUAUUUUAGAAAAUCAUAGAUUUAAAAAUUGAAGCACCUUAAUGCAUAAAUAUGAUCUUUUCAGAACAUGCCACUUACAAAGAGUUGCCUUCAAAAGGACUGACUAGGGGGUCACCUGUUAUAUAUUAUUAUACGGCUCUUCAGAAUGCUGUUCGUGUUAUAUGAUAUUAUUAUACGGCUCUUCAGAAUGCUGUUCGGCACGAUGGGAUUUGAAUUUUGGAUAACGAGCGGCGGACUAUAAAUCCCUUGCUGUGUGUGUUCUGGUAUAUUCCACUCCUCAUUCAUUCUUCAGAGUCAAUAGUGUUCAGCUCUAUUGUUGUUGUUAUUGUUCUUCACGUGCAUAUAUAUUUAUAUAUGUAUAUAUAUUCUAUA